AUGGCCGCUAGAGAAUGGUGGGAGAGGUAUUUUCCUCCAGAAGGGCGGAACGCUGGUGAUAAAGUCCCUGAUCAUAUUAAAUCUGAGCGUUUCUGGGAGGAAUAUUUCCCGCCUAUGUUAGUAUAUCUCAAUACGAUACAAAAUAGUGAUCAAUUUUGGCGUAAAGCCCAACGAAUCAUCGAAGCUCUCACUAAUGAAAUUGUACUGUGUCCUUUUUUGCAAUUUCGAAGCUUUGUUCAGACACUUUAUAAUCUUAGGAAUACAUUAACAUUCUCAUCUCCACAAAUUGCAAUAAAAUUCCUCGAAAUGCUUCCUGCUGAAUCAGAUUCUAACAUAAUAUUAUGGUAUUUACCUUCUUACAUCAAUAAUACAUUAGAUUACUUCGACUUACUCUUUCAGUUGUCUAAAAGUGAGCAUCGCCUUUGGAUUGAAUUUAUGAACUCUUCGGGAUCAAUUGAUAUAGCUAUUGAUAAAUGGUUUCCAAUGUUAAAAUUAAAUGUCGAAAAACCGGACUAUCGUCAGACAACACUUGUUAUUACGAUAAUGCAGUUACUUACAGAUCUUUUCACAUCAAGACCAGCUCAAAUUACAGACUUUCCAGAAAGAUUUGCCAAAUUUUUCAAGCGACUACUUUCUUUCAUCAAUGGCGACAAAGGUGCUUUUGCUUAUUACGCAUCCGAUUGUUGCCUUAAUUUACUUGACAGAUUAACACAUGCUUUUUCAUCGAACAAUUAUUCGGCUCUUGUUUCAAAAUUCGUAACUUCGGUAAGAAAUUCACCAUCUAUAAUUUCAUGCAGUAUGAGUCGUCUAUUCAAAAUCAUUCAGAACGAUGAAAUCAGAAUGAACGCUCUAUCGUCUUUUCUUUCCACCGCAAAUUCAUCAGAUGAUUUCUUACUAGCUGUUGAAACCAUCAAGAAUACCGAUCGAAGAAAAGUUUCUCCUGCAGUUCAAACUUUAAUUCACAUUGCAGCUUCGAGUAAACCGUUCUCUAAAACAGCGCAAUCUGUUAUUGGCGAAGUAUUAAAUUAUACAGGCGAUUUCCCAUGGAUAACGCCAUACAUCAGAAAAACCGCAAAUUUUGUUGGUGCAGCAAUAAGCAAUGGAAGGUUCCUCCGUCGUGCGAAAUCAAUUCUGGACUUGUACAUUGUUCUCUACAAUACAGAUAUCUUCUGGCUUCGUUCUGUUCUUUCUGAAGUCGGUGGACUUCUUUUGGCAACGCAGAAGGUGCCAAUGACUAGUUUGUUGAUACUUCAUCCUUCACCUGUUACAGAUCGCAAAUCUAUAAUGACAAUAACUCAGCCAAUGAAUCCGAAUGAAAUUAAAGGUCUUCUUAAUGCAAAAGUGUUCGAAGAAGAGUAUAAACCAAUUGAUCGUUUAUCUCCAACGAAAACGAUUGCAUCUAAGAAAGUUAUUGUUCUAAAUUCGAAGAAAAUUUCGAAGCCAACACCUAAUUUAAAGAAGAAUGAAAACACAAGGAGUUAUGGAAUAGCACCGAAGAAUCUUAGAAAGCUUCAACCAUUAUAUUCUGUUUGA